CUGCACGGCCCCCGGGACGCCGGCGGCCGUCGCCAGCGCCGCAAGACGGUCACCUGGGAUCCCCGGUGCGACGUGCUCGAGUUCGACGUCGGCGAGAACGAGCACCAGGAUGUGUACUACUCCGAGGACGACUACGGCACCCCCAGCGACGAGGAG